AUGGAAAGGGAAUUUAACGAAGGAUGUGUAACUAUAUCCGCAACAAAAAUAACAUUCAGCUACCCGCCGUUAGGCGAAUGGAAAGCAAAAACAACUAAAAAAGGAAGGACAUGGCAACAAGCCGAAAACAACAGAACCACUCCUUGGUGUGCACCUGCAAAACUGUAUGACGCAAAGACAUUAGGGGAUGAAAAUCCAAGGGCAGUAAUUCAUUCUUUAUGGCUUAUUUGCACAACCUAUUUUGGGAUGCGGACUGGACAGGAGAUUCAUAGCUUACGUUGGGGCGAUAUUCAGCUUGAAAUUGAUGACCAAACUGGGGAGGAAUAUUUAGUCCUUGACACAGAGAGGCAAACUAAAACACAGACAGGAUCAGAUCCUAAAGCAACACUGGAACUGACUGACCAUGAAGACAAAAAUGUACAAAACGUAACGACAGAAGUGAAAGAAAAGUGUCGAAAACUUGGAAAGUAUUUAUAUGCUUACGGAAGGACACUACAGUACCUAAACAAUGCAUGUGGUUUAAUCGAAGAGGACAAAGUGAGAAGGAAAACCAACGUUGAGAAACAAGAAGCACGAGAAUCAAACGAAAGGGGCGAAGAGAAGAGAUGGAAAGCUAACGUUGAGAGACAUGUUUGGCUGAAGGAUCCACCUGGAAGUCUUAAGGUAAAAGAACGAACAGAGGACAUGGAAAAACGGAUAAAUAAAUUCGAGGAGGAUGAAAUUUACAUGAUGAAGAAAGGUGGAAAAAAGAGGUGUGUCAUUAUUGGAAACACAACGUUCAAUAGCCUAAAAGAGUUACCGGGAUGUUCAAAAGAUUGCUCAUAUCUCUCUGAGUUAUUCAAUCAACUUGGUUUUAAAGUAACAAUAGAAAAAGAUAUUACAUCUAAG